CACCUUGGUCGGUUCAAUGAAUGGAUAAUGGCGGCUCUCUGCCUGGCAACCACGUCAACACACGGGUUGUACACCAGCUCUGUACUACACGUCUCUUGCCAACAAUCAGUUGACUCACGAUCAGAAUGGAGCACGACCCGAAAUCGUGUACAUGCCCUUGCCAUGUGCAAUGCACACAUCACAGCAGCAAUGCCAGUAGUCGUCAGCAGACUCCAGAGGCCCCAUGCACCCAAGCCAUGGUGCUGAUCCGGUUUGCCGAACACAAGAUUCAGAGGUACCUGAACGCCAUCACGAGCGUCAAGUCCAUCAUGAAGGUCUAUGGAGGCAAAUCCUUCGGGGUUGUCGACCAUCUAAAGAGAUGUGACAGCACUGGUUGGAUUGAUGGCUACCUGAUCGGCAUCUCCGUGUUCGGGGACGUUCGAGGAGCAAAGGACUGGUACCGGUCAGAUGUGUUCUGUAAUCAGCACGACUGGCUUGACGAUACUGACAUCAUCGUUGUGCAGCUUAGGCAACCCGUGGUCGAAUACCCGGACAAGCGGUCAGUCUUCAUGAUGGGCAACUAUAUCAUCAAGGACGAGAUCUGUUUCCAGAGUGAGUUCAUGGACAAGGUCAACCCGAUCUUCAAGGGAUCAGGAGGCAAUGUACUCGCUGAUACAACACCUGAGAGACUGCAUGGGAACUGGAAAGCGGGCCGCUUCUACUUGGUGCAGUUUCCAAAUGAGGCUAGCCUCCACCAGUUGGAGAACAAUGAUGAGGUGAUGGCGGCAGAUGAGGUUCUUAAGAAGACUAGCUGCGCCUGCACCGUGAUCCUGAUGACGGACACCAACAUGCCGGGCACUCCAAGCCAUCGAAAACCCAGUUACCUCUAAAUACUGACAGGAAUUCAGCAAAGUUUCGACUGAACUUGCUAACGUGCAACAUGUUGAAACUACUGUAAAUUGUACUCCGCAACAUGGUGUCCUCAAGAUCCGAUCAUUCGAUCAUUCGAUCAACACAUGACGAAACAGUAUGUUUAAGGGGUUAAUCCACAGGGUUACAACUAUUUUCAUGUUCCCCUGAUGAUGAGAUCCCAGAUUGUUUACGAGAUGUGGUUUUGUCACUUGGCUCGUCUCGGACUGUUUUGGAACUUUCUCUACCAUAGCCAAUUGAUUCGAGACGAAAUUAGCAAUGUCGGAGUUUACCGUCAGUUCCUUUAAAGGUCUUUGCUUUCGAAAAAAAGGAUAUUUGGAAAAAGUAGACCGUGAUUCCUGUAGAAAGUGUAAAAAUUAAAUUGAUGUUUAUUCACUUUUAUUCCGUCCAUUUUAUACGAAUUGCACGUACUCUUUUUACUUCGGACAGUAGGUGGUUCAGUAUGAUUAAAUCUCGACAUAAAUUUAAAA